CGGGUCCAGUGCCUGCCCGGGAGGUCGGGGUGCCUUCCGAGCCGGACGCGGACGCUGCCUGGCACCCCCCCGCCGUGCUUGCAAACUGGCAGCCUCCCGUCUCUCACCGCGGCAGAAAGGGAGACUGGCCCGGCUCAGGCUCUCGUCCUAAAAGUGCUGCCCCGCGUCGGGACGCGGGGGGCCAGGGCGCUGUGCUGACAGCUGUCAGGCUGUCGGCGCCUCGCGAGCCUCGGCCCUCCCCGGCCUGCGUAAUCGCGUGCGGGGCAAUCUUCCCGACACCUAGGAAUCGUAGAGCAGGGCCACUCGAGUACCAUAUGGCGUCUAGUACGCGCCGCCGCUUAGUAUCCAUUCAGUGAAGAAGGCUACUGUAUUUAUCAAACACCUGAAAUCCAAAUCUGCGUUGAUUACUACUGUGCUCUUCAUCAGCCCACUUGGCUCGAUGAGAGAAAGGGAAAGUUAAGGAUGCUGGAGCAGAACAAUGGAUUUCUCUUUCUCUUUCAUGCAAGGGAUCAUGGGAAACACAAUUCAGCAACCACCUCAACUCAUUGACUCCGCCAACAUCCGUCAGGAGGAUGCCUUUGAGAACAACAGUGACAUUGUUGAAGAUGGUGGCCAGACACCCUUCGAAGCUACUGUGCAACAAGGUUUUCAGUACCCACCUACAGCAGAAGACCUUCCUCCACUCACAAAUGGCUACCCACCGUCAAUCAGCUUGUAUGAGACGCAAACCAAAUACCCACCAUAUAAUCAGUAUCCCAAUGGGUCAGCCAACGGUUUUGGUGCAGUUAGAAACUUUAGCCCUACUGACUAUUACCAUUCAGAAAUUCCAAACACGAGACCACAUGAAAUUCUGGAAAAACCUUCUCCUCCACAGCCUCCUCCUCCUCCUUCGGUACCACAGACUGUGAUUCCAAAGAAGACAGGCUCACCUGAGAUUAAACUAAAAAUAACCAAAACCAUCCAGAAUGGCAGGGAAUUGUUUGAGUCUUCCCUCUGUGGAGACCUUCUAAAUGAAGUACAGGCAAGUGAGCACACAAAGUCAAAGCACGAAAGCAGAAAGGAAAAGAGGAAAAAAAGCAACAAGCAUGAGUCGUCCAGGUCCGAAGAGCGCAGGUCACACAAAACCCCCAAGGUAGAGCCAGAGGGACAGAAUAGACCAAAUGAGAGGGUGGACACUGCACCAGAAAAGCCAAGAGAAGAGCCAGUUCUCAAAGAGGCCGUCCCGGUUCAGCCAAUACUGUCUUCUGUUCCAACAACAGAAACGUCCACUGGUGUUAAGUUCCAGGUCGGUGAUCUUGUUUGGUCCAAGGUGGGAACCUAUCCUUGGUGGCCUUGUAUGGUUUCAAGUGAUCCCCAGCUUGAGGUCCAUACCAAAAUUAACACAAGAGGUGCCCGGGAAUAUCAUGUCCAGUUUUUUAGCAACCAGCCAGAGAGGGCGUGGGUCCACGAGAAACGGGUACGGGAGUACAAAGGUCAUGAACAGUAUGAAGAGUUAUUAGCUGAGGCAGCCAAACAAGCCAGCAAUCACUCUGAAAAGCAAAAGAUUCGGAAACCCCGGCCUCAGAGGGAACGUGCCCAAUGGGAUAUUGGCAUUGCUCAUGCAGAGAAAGCAUUGAAAAUGACCCGAGAAGAAAGAGUAGAACAGUACACUUUCAUCUAUAUCGAUAAGCAGCCAGAAGAGGCUUCAUCCCAAGCAAAGAAGAACGUUACCUCCAAGACUGAAGUCAAGAAACCCCGAAGACCAAGAUCUGUGAACAGUCAGGCAGAACAGACCAGUGCUGGGGAGGUGGCCUCCUCACAGCCAAGUACUGACCUUCGAAGACAGAGCCAGAGGCGGCACACCAGCUUGGAAGAGGAAGAGCCACCUCCUGUUAAAAUAGCCUGGAAAACAGCAGCCGCGAGGAAAUCCUUACCAGCUUCCAUCACAAUGCACAAGGGGAGCCUAGAUUUGCAGAAGUGCAAUAUGUCUCCAGUUGUGAAAAUUGAACAAGUGUUUGCUCUCCAGAAUGCGACAGGAGAUGGGAAGUUUAUUGAUCAGUUUGUUUAUUCAACGAAGGGAAUUGGUAACAAAACAGAAAUAAGUGUCAGGGGGCAAGACAGGCUUAUAAUCUCUUCACCAAGUCAGAGAAGUGAGAAGCCAACUCAGAACACAUCAUCCCCUGAGACGACAUCUGGUUCUGCAGGCCCAGUAGAAAAGAAGCAGCAGAGAAGAUCAAUCAGGACUCGAUCUGAAUCAGAGAAAUCCACCGAGGUUGUGCCAAAGAAGAAGAUCAAAAAGGAGCAGGUUGAAACAGCUCCCCAGGCUGCCCUGAAGACUGGAUUACAGAAAGGUGCCAGCGAGAUUUCAGAUUCCUGUAAACCUCUAAAGAAGAGGAGUCGCGCCUCAACUGAUGUAGACGCGACUAAUUCUGCGUCCAGAGACACAUCUGACUCCGACUCUAGAGGACUGAGCGAUCUGCAGGUCAGCUUUGGAAGACAAGUAGACAGCCCUUCAACUGCUGCUGACGCAGAUGCUUCCGAUGCGCAGUCGGUGGACUCCAGCUUGUCACGGAGAGGCGUGGGAAAGAGUAAGAAGGACACCGUGUGCCAGAUCUGUGAAAAUGUUGGUGAUUCUCUGGUUUCCUGUGAGGGCGAGUGCUGCAGACACUUCCACUUGGAGUGCCUGGGGCUAACUGCAGCCCCCGAGGGAAGGUUCAUCUGUGAGGAGUGUGAAACUGGGCAGCACCCAUGUUUUUCAUGUAAAGUGUCUGGUAAGGAUGUGAAACGUUGUUCUGUUAAUGUUUGUGGAAAAUUUUAUCAUGAAGCCUGUGUCCGCAAAUUUCCCACUGCCAUCUUUGAGUCAAAAGGAUUCCGCUGUCCCCAGCAUUGUUGCUCUUCCUGCUCUAUGGAGAAAGAUAUCCACAAAGCAAGUAAAGGCCGCAUGAUGAGGUGCUUGCGCUGUCCAGUCGCCUAUCACUUUGGAGAUGCGUGUGUCGCUGCUGGAAGCGUAUCUGUGUCCUCCCACACUCUGAUCUGUAGUAACCAUUCCAAACGGAGUAGUCAUUCUGCCGCUGUAAACGUAGGCUUUUGUUUCGUUUGUGCCAGAGGGCUGAUAGUUCAGGACCAUUCAGACCCCAUGUUCAGUUCAUAUGCCUAUAAAUCCCACUACCUACUGAAUGAAUCAAACCGUGCUGAGUUGAUGAAAUUACCUAUGAUUCCUUCUUCGUCAGCUUCCAAAAAGAAAUGUGAGAAAGUUACUAAGGCUGUCUGUUUGUUUCAAGGUGGAAGAUUGCUCUGCUGUGAAUCGUGCCCUGCUUCUUUUCAUCCAGAAUGCCUGAGCAUAAACAUGCCAGAAGGCUGCUGGAAUUGCAAUGACUGUAAAGCUGGCAAGAAACUGCAUUACAAACAGAUUGUUUGGGUCAAGUUGGGAAAUUACAGAUGGUGGCCUGCAGAGAUCUGCAGUCCCAGGUCUGUGCCGCUGAACAUCCAGGGCCUUAAGCAUGGUGUUGGGGACUUCCCUGUGUUCUUCUUUGGUUCCCAUGACUACUAUUGGGUACACCAAGGCAGGGUGUUCCCUUACGUUGAAGGAGACAAAAACUUUGCUGAGGGACAGACUAGCAUUAACAAGACCUUCAAAAAAGCACUGGAAGAAGCUGCAAAACGUUUCCAGGAGUUGAAAGCACAGCGAGAAAGUAAGGAGGCUUUGGAGAUAGAGAAAACCUCAAGAAAACCCCCUCCCUACAAACACAUCAAGGCUAACAAAGUAAUAGGAAAGGUGCAGAUCCAGGUGGCUGACCUGUCAGAGAUUCCCCGCUGUAAUUGCAAGCCUGCUGAUGAAAACCCUUGUGGCUUGGAGUCCGAGUGUCUGAACAGAAUGUCCCAGUAUGAGUGUCACCCACAGGUGUGUCCUGCUGGGGACCGCUGUCAAAACCAGUGCUUCACGAAGAGGCUCUACCCCGAAGCAGAGAUCAUCAAAACUGAGCGGAGAGGCUGGGGCCUCAGAACCAAAAGAAGCAUUAAGAAGGGUGAACUUGUGAAUGAAUAUGUUGGUGAAUUAAUUGAUGAGGAAGAAUGCAGACUUCGAAUCAAGCGAGCACACGAGAACAGUGUAACUAAUUUUUAUAUGUUAACUGUUACCAAGGACCGUAUAAUUGAUGCUGGACCAAAAGGAAAUUAUUCUCGUUUCAUGAACCACAGUUGUAAUCCAAACUGUGAGACGCAGAAGUGGACAGUGAAUGGAGAUGUUCGAGUCGGACUAUUUGCUCUCUGUGAUAUCCCUGCAGGGAUGGAGUUAACAUUUAAUUAUAACUUGGAUUGUCUGGGCAAUGGCAGGACAGUGUGCCACUGCGGAGCAGAUAACUGCAGUGGCUUCCUAGGAGUACGGCCAAAGUCUGCCUGUGUAUCAGCAACUGAUGAGAAGACAAAAAGUGCCAAGUUAAAGAAAAAACGGAAAAUCAAAACAGAGCCAAAGCAAAUUCAUGAAGAUUACUGUUUUCAGUGUGGGGAUGGUGGAGAGUUGGUCAUGUGUGACAAAAAGGACUGUCCCAAAGCCUACCACCUCCUAUGCCUUAACCUGACUCAGCCACCAUACGGAAAGUGGGAGUGCCCGUGGCAUCAGUGUGACGAGUGCGAUGCCGCCGCCGUCUCCUUCUGCCAGUUCUGCCCACACUCCUUCUGCAAGGGUCACGAGAAAGGGGCCCUGCUGCCCUCUGCACUAGAAGGCCGUCUCUGCUGCUUGGACCACGACCCUGCGUCUCCCGUGUCGCCAGAGUACUGGAGCAAGAUCAAAUGUAAAUGGGAGUCACAAGACAGUGGGGAAGAAGCCAAGGAGUGAAUGGUGGUGACUUCCUCCCUGCUGCUCUAAGUGGAAGAAGAAAAUAGGACACAUUGAAAACCGAGCGGGGCUGGUGCUCUUGCCAUCAGACCACCUCGCCAAGGGAAAACGGGAGCCAGUUCACGCGGGCUGAAGCGGCUGGUGGUGUACGGUUUUCUAUCUUGUUUUGUUGCUUUGGGGAUAAGUUUGUGGGCAGUGAAAUCCCCUUGCUCCUUUCUCGCCUUUUAUUGUGCUUCAGUGUCUUUGCAACUAGCGAAAGAGGUGUCCUCAUAUCUAGAGCUGAGAGAAAGAGAAAAGAUCAACGUAAACCCCAAGAUGUAAUCCUUGGUUGUAUUAAGCAAGAUUAGCCAUUCCUUUAUUUAUUUUCAUUUUUAGGAAUUAUGAGAAAUAGUUCAAACAAUCUAACCUCUGUGUGUGUGUGUGUGAGAGAGAGAGAGAGAGAGAGAGAGAGAGAGAGAGAGAGAGAGAGAGAGAGAGUGACUACCUUUAUAUACCUCUUUACAGAGCUGUAAGUUGGCUAACUUCUCUUUCCUUUUUCACAUGCCUUUUCUAGUGUCAGAGAAGGCUCUUAGCAAAUAUUCAGCCUGGCAUCUUGGAAACAAAUGCCUUGACAGCAUUUACCUCUGAGGUCUUACCUAGGCGGGCUUCCUGGUGCAGUAACUAUAGAAACGUGUGGGUUUGUCUUGUAGGGAAACGGAAUGAAUGCAUUCACGGAUUCUGAAAUGUCAUCCAUUUACAGAUUUUUCUGAUGCCUUUAUGGUACAUGAAUGCCUGAGAGAAUGUUCAUUCCUGUCGCUCUGACACACUGGCAAGGAGCUAAAGAAAGAUAAAGGCACAAACCAAAAGUUAGAUCAUAUAUGCACCAUUUUCUGACCAACUUAAAGCGGACUCCAGUCUGACUUAGAAUUUAAGGGCAUUUUAUUUUUCUGUCUUUCCCUCUGCCAAUCAUGUUUCCUUUGCCAUCUGAUCAUUCGGUCAUGUUCCCUGUAAAGCUAUGUAAUUGAAUCUGAAUUCUAUUUUAAUAGAUUUCACCCCUAACUUAGGGGUGAUAAAAGUAGACAGAGACAUGCCCAAGUUCAUGUCCACAACUUCUACCUAGUAUUAUGCAGCACUCAGCCCUGUCCCCGCUGAGGAGGGGCAAGAACUUCUUUUAGGGGUAUGUAGAGCCACGGAGACGCACUUGUCUUACAAAGCACUGUGAGCACUCCCCAGAGAGCCAGUGUUGCAGGCACAGCUGCGAUUUGGAGCAGUACAGACCCAGGCAAACCAAGGCGUCUGCCCACAGAGCUCACUGGCUUCUAGCACUUAGGAAUAUAUCUCUUCCAGUAUUACUUGUAUGGAAUCAUGUCGGACAGUAUAACACUGCACUAAAUAGAAGUCUGGUGUCACCAAGACACGUGAACUUCCUCAGUGAGUUUUAACUACUUGCUGUCCUCAAGAACCUCGUACUUCCCUAACACGGGGUGGAAGACCCUCUGUGGCACCCUGUGGUUGUGUUAGGUGUGUUUGUUCCUUUUUUAAUUUUUUUACAGAUCAGUUCAGACCUCUUCUCUGGACAAAAGAAAGAGGAAUUUUGUGCCUCUUUUUUUAUAUGUAAUUGUGCAAUUUAUAAACAACAGACACUACAGGUCCUCUCUCUCAGCUCCUAAACUGCCGUUUACCUGGUUGUAGCAACUGUAGCCCUGCUGGUUAGCAAGCCCACGGGCGGAGGAAGACAGGAUGUCCCACGGCACCCGAGCAGUCACCGUGAAGCACAGCCCACGCAAACACUAACCUUUGCUCUUGAGCAAUCAGGAAGUUCGAUGUCCUUUAAAAAAUAAUGUAAGACUAUCUGGGUUUUAGCAUACUAAAAUUUUUAUUUUAUACAAACAUGUUAAACAUUUUUUAAGUCACUGAUAAUUGCAAAUGUAACUCUUGUGAGAAUAAUGUCCAGUAUGAAAUUGUAUCUUGUUUCCUUUUUGACCUCAUGCUUUUUAGUAUCUGAUAACUUUUAUAUAGUAAGCCCGAGGAUGCAUCAUGUAUUUACUGAAUGCCUUAGGCUGAACUAUCUCUAUUUUGCUUCUCUGGUGUGGCAUAUUUGUUUUUAUAUCUAUGAAAGAACUUUGCACUUUUCAGAUCUUUUCUUUUUUGAUGAUUAAUAGGCUUGUUCUACCAUUUCAGAAGCCAAGUAUGAAAAAAAGUAGUUGAGCACAGCCCACAAGCUUUCUGUACUCCACGCCUGCCUCUGCUGUGCCCGUGCAAAGGGCCUCUUCCUGCCGCGGUGGCCGCUGUCAUAGAGUUGAAGGUUAAGAAAGCAGAAAGCUCCCAGGCAGUGUGGGCGCACACACAUGCUCUCCUGUAAUGUGUCAGUGGCUUUUCCAGCACACAGCGCUGGCUCACAGCCUGGGGCUGCCAGUUGUUAGCUUUUAAACAUGCAUUGGGUAUACAGCAUUUGUGGCUGGUUUGGUUCAGCCUAGAAGGGAAAGGACUAAAAGCAGCACGGGCCAAUGGUGGGACUGUUAACCUCAGGAGGAAGACGAGGUUCCUGAUGAUCAGUGUAAAGCUUUUGAAGUCUGAGUGGAAAGAGCUAGAGGUGAGAGCAUGGGCCUGGCACAGGCCUGGCACCUUGGAGGCUGCACUGGGUUUCCACAGUAGCUGCCUGUGCCCGGCUGAGCAGGAAGGGGCGAACGCUCUUUACCGCCCUGUGCUGUGGCCACCAUUUACUUCUUCAGUCGCUAGUCAGUGUUGGAGUUCAGAGUGGAGCGGGUUUUAUCUUCAUUCUCAAAACCUAGCUUUCCUAAGCUGUAGAAUAGACUGUUUUCUGUGUGUUACAUAAAUAAUAUAUAUAUAUAUAUAAAACAUAUAUAUUAUAUGUAAAAAUGAGUUAGGAAUGUAUUUGAAAUAAAAAGAUAGUCGUGGAAGGGGCGCUGCCGCCCGCUGCUCUCUGUCAGUGUGUCCUGCCGAGGUGUUUGCAGAAGUGUGUAAACAGCGUGGCUCCGAGACCGGAGUGUCUGUCUGCCGAGGUGAAGCACUCGCUGGGCUGGUGGGCAGCUUUCAUGAAGCAGUUUCUUGUUGGAGUUCUUCCUUACACGCUGUGUUCUCUUAGGGUCAAAGCCAGACAAAGACAGUGUGAAAUCGUGUCACCUCUCUGAAUGUGGGCGCUGGCUGUCCCGGACCUGCUGCUUAGCCUGUUUUAUUUUAAACACAGCACUUCUCUGACUGCGCUCAGCUGCCACAAAGCUGGGGCGCUGCCAGCCACCUGCCAUGUCCUAAUGGGAAAACAUGGCCUGUAUGUCUCCCAGCUCGACGGCUUGUCGUUGUUGUAUUUCUCAUGAGAUUACAGUGGCAUUGCUUUAUUUCUAGACUUGAAUUAUUUUUCACAUGGCUAUUGCAUCUGACCACACGUGGUCUCUGCUUAUUUGUAACAAAAAAAGUAGACCUUGGUCCAUUUUCAGGUGGACUAAAGGAGAGACUGUAGGCAGCUUUGCAAUGGAUUAGCAGAUAUAGGGAAGGAAGACAUUUGUACGUGCUCAAAUAUCACCAGUUUUUACCUUGGGUGAGGUGCUGGGGGUCUCUGGAGGAAGGGAUGGCAAUGGUGAGUGUUUAUCACCUGGAGCACUGAGCCCUCUGCCUCAUUGAAUUCAGGUUCUUCAAGCACUUGAGACUCCUGAGCUGCUCAUCACAGUUCCCUUUUAAAAUUAUGACAGGAGAAGCAGCACUUUGUGUACUGUCAAAAAUAAAGCUCUUCCCGGGGGCACAGGCGCUUAGGUGUGGCAGCGCCUUUAAGGAAGAGGCUGAUGUCCUGCGUGGGGCAUCAGCAGUUUUAGAAAUUACUUCCUAUGUUCUUAUUUUUUUUCUCCUUGUUUGCCUCAUCCCAAAGUACCUCUUCCUUUUAAUAUAUGCUUGUGUAUGUGUGUGUGUGGGGGGGUGCAUUCAUGUUAUACUCCUAAAAUGCUAUCCAUAACCCGUUUCAAAAAAACUUUUCCACCAUGCAUGGUUGCACACGCCUUUAAUCCCAGCACACGCCUGUGAGUUCAAAGCCUACAUGCUGGGCUCCAGGACAGUCAGGGCUAUGUAGACAUACCCUGUCUCAAAAGGGGAGAAAAGGAAGAAAUUCUGUUGUUUGAGUUUUGUCAAUCCAUUGCAAAAGUGGCAGAUGUGAGCACUUAUACCUGUGGGGGAGGGGAGUAAAAGUAUUGCUUGUCCUUCAGUAGGCUCUGAAAGUCAUUUGCCUGUAAGUUAAAGGGGAAAAUAGAAGUUGCCAAAGUCAGUAUUCGGUCCUUGAUUUUUCUUGUGACGUCACCACAACUGCUAAUGGAUGAGAAGCGCCCCAGCUUCCACUGUCCCCUUCCCUGCUGGCUGACCCUUGCUGUGUGCAAAUGGCUUUCAAGUCUCUUCAGUUUGCCUAGAUAUAGUAUUGUCAGUCAAAAGGAAUGAGGAAAAUUUACACUUACUUUGUUGUCAAUUAACAUCUUAUUUUUUUGUUAUGUAUUCUGUGGUAACUGUCUUGCCACUAAUAACGUAACUGAUUACAGCUGGCUAAGAUGGUCUUUUUAUAUACAAACAUUUGUGUAUAUUUUGAAUUGAUAUGGCAAAUUCAGUUGUAUCCACUUGAAUAUUAUACAAUAAACAAGUAUCUGCAGAUUCCCGUCUUCAUUCUUUGUGUUCUUUGAAUAAUGUUCUUGACAGAUUGUUCACAUCCGUAUGUACCUGUAAGAAACUCUGUAGAGCCUGUGAGAUGUUAUUUUGCUUAAACCACUUGAGUCCUUACCAUCAAAGUGUGAGCAUCCACCCAGCUCUAGUUGCUGUGACCUGGAGCUCCUGACACUAAGGGAUUAGUGCUCAUCUUCCGGAAAGAUUCUACUAGAGCAUUCCUUUGAGACAUAUUUUAAGGAUUUUGUUUAUUGACCAAUGUCUUAUUGCAGAGUAUGAGCCUACCAGUCUUGGUUAACCUGUACAUAGAUGGCUCACUGUUAACUAGUUGUAGUGUAUGUAAGAUUGCCUGUAACAGUCAAGCUUCUAACUGAUGCAUACUGAUGGGACAGUUUUUGUACAUUGUAUUUCCUGAAAUUUUGCCUUUUUAAUUUCACAGAUGCUUUAGAAUUCAAAUGUGUUUUCUGCUUCUGUAAGAAAGAAUGUGGAAAGGUUUCUAAUGGCAUUUCACUGAUUUCAGGUCUUGCUUGAGGUUGACUUUAAUAAAUUGUCCUGUAUGUUCUACUUAA